AUGAAAUCCCUGGUGUCGUGGCUACUCGUCACCCUCUGCAUAUUGGCGAAGCACGCCCUGGGAAACUCAAAUCCCAUCCUUCCUGGCUGGAACCCCGAUCCCACAAUCCUACGAGUUGAUGAUGACUAUUUUAUCUCGACUUCGACGUUCGAGUACUUUCCUGGGCACCCCAUUUAUCACAGCAAGAAUCUAGUGGAUUGGACUCUCGUUGGACAUGCCUUGAAUAGGCCGUCGCAGUUGCCCUUGUACGGGACUCCUUCUGAUGCUGGUUUGUGGGCACCAGGUCUGCGUCACCAUGACGGAGUAUUCUACCUCACGUCUACAGCUAGAUAUGUCUAUAGUUCAGAGCUGCGCCUCUUUCCUAGAUCAUUCUACGUCACCACCCGCGAUAUCUUCUCAAACAACUGGAGUGAUCCUGUGUAUUUCGAUGCUUUGGGAUAUGAUGCGGACCUAUUUUGGGACGUAAACGGUGAUGUCUAUAACACUUGGUCAGGCAUCAACAACGCCGUAGACAAAAUAUACGGAAUAUGGCAAAACAAAAUUGAUCUGUCAACAGGAAACUCACUGACGGAGGCAAAGUUGAUAUUCAACGGGACACUGCCAAAUGAUUCAGCCGCUCGUCCCGAAGGACCUCAUAUCUAUCACAUUAAUGGGACUUACUAUCUCCUCAUUGCAGAAGGGGGCACAGACGUCCAUCAUCGAGCGACCAUUCAACGGGGCCCAUCACCCUCUGGGCCCUGGGAGAACAAUCCAGACAACCCGAUUUUGUUCAACGGCGCCGACUUAAACAAUAGCGUGCAAAAUACAGGACAUGCAGACAUUGUGAAAGGUGCAGAUGGCCGAUGGUGGGGAGUUUCCCUCGGUGUACGUCCACAAAAUGGCAAUAUGAGUCACAUACAGCUAGGAAGGGAAACAUUCCUCUUCCCCGUAACCUGGGAGAAUGGAUGGCCUGUCUUUAACAAUGGCAAGCCCAUCACAGAGGAGCUGGAUGUCCAUCGCGCGCCUCAAACUGAUUGUUCUAAAGCCAGCUUUGUCCGUACUUUCACUUCCACUCACUCCCUUGACCCAACCUUCUACUUCCUCCGCACCCCAUACAAACCCUUUUACUCCCUAUCUGCCCGCCCAGGCUUCCUUCGCCUCUUCGCAAACUCGUAUGCACCAGGUGACAGAGACUCGCCUGCAAUGAUACUUCGCAAACAAUCGAGUUAUUCGGAAAGAUUCGAAGUGCAGAUGGACUUCACUCCGGGGACGGCGUUGAAUGAGGCGGGCGUGACUGUGUUUUAUGGAGAUUUGUUACACAGUGAAAUGGGAGUAAUGGGAGACGGCGGCGCGACUAGCGCAGGACGGAGGAUCAUUGUGCGCACGGCUGUCCAGGCGGAGCAAGUGGGUCCUUGGGCUCUGACAACCACCAAUGCGACAAUCAUCACGACUGAGUAUUUUCCUUUGCAAACGAAGGGCGUUUCGAUAAAACUCAAGGUGCUCACUUCGCCGACAUCAUACAUCUUCGGAUACUCAGAGAGCAACAAUUCGAGCUCGAACUUCUCAUUCAUUAAAAAAAUUGAUGCCUCUACGCUUUCGCUCCCAACUGCUGGGUAA